CUUCUUCCCAGGGUUGCCUUGCACUUCCUUCCCAGUUUCCUCUGUGCGGUUCUAUCUAAACUCCCUUCCCCUUGCGUUUAGCCUAGACGGAGCUCCCUGCGUGCACCGCGCGCUGCCGGAGGCGCGCAACCAAACUCCGCUGGGGAGCUCUGGAGCCAGAGCAGAACGCCUGGCUCAGCGUUACCUCACAGAACAGAGGUCAACCAGAAUGAACGUGUCUGGGACUGAGGAAGCAAUUCUUGGAAGCCGUGACAGCCAUCCUUCUGCUGCCGGUGGCAACUCUGUAUUAUGCUUUGGACAGUACCAGUACGCAGCCGAGGAGUACCAGGCCAUCCAGAAUGCUCUGAGGCGAAGGCUGGGCCCAGAGUACAUAAGCAGCCGCAUGGCUGGAGGUGGCCAGAAGGUGUGUUACAUUGAGGGUCACAGGGUAAUUAAUCUGGCCAAUGAGAUGUUUGGUUACAAUGGCUGGGCCCACUCUAUCACUCAGCAGAAUGUGGAUUUUGUGGACCUUAACAACGGCAAGUUCUACGUGGGAGUCUGUGCGUUUGUGAGAGUCCAGCUGAAGGAUGGUUCAUACCAUGAAGACGUGGGCUAUGGUGUGAGUGAGGGUCUCAAGUCCAAAGCCUUGUCUUUGGAGAAGGCCAGGAAGGAGGCGGUGACAGACGGCUUGAAGCGAGCACUGAGAAGCUUUGGAAAUGCACUUGGAAAUUGUAUUCUGGACAAAGACUAUCUGAGGUCACUAAAUAAGCUUCCACGCCAGUUGCCUCUUGAAGUGGAUUUAACUAAAGCGAAGAGACAAGAUUUUGAACCAUCUGUGGAACAAGCGAGAUACAGCAGCUACCGGCAGAACAUGGCUCAGGGACCCCCAAAAGCGCAGGAGGUGACCUCCCCUUGCAGACCAAGCCACUCAGAUGAUGCCCACAUUGUGAUUCAGGGGGAGAAGGACAGCAGCUCCCGACACCUGGCCUCUGCUGUGGAGAGCGAUGCCACCUAUCAGCGGAAGCUCCGGCAGAAACAGUUGCAGCAGCAGUUCCGGGAGCAAAUGGAGAAGCAGCAACAAGUUCAACUCUCUGCUCUGUCGGUUGAAAAGACGAAUCAGGCAGCGCCGCCGGGGCCAACGUGGAAGCACAGCGCUCCCCAAACUCAUGGUUCCGAACCCCUCGCUGAGAAAGGCUCCCUUGCAGACAGUCUUGAAAUGUGGGCUGUGCCUCCAGAUGCAGAGGACAGUGUUGUUAAGCCCUCGUCUAGAAAAGAACCAGAACCACACCAGACCCCCGCUACACUAGCCCUGAAGAACCAGAUGGUGACCCAGAACAGGACCCCACAAAGCCUUUGCCACCAGAAUCCACAAGCAAAACCUGGUCCAUGGCACCUCCAAACUCCUAACGUCCAACACGUAACAGGCAACUGUGAUUUCUAUCGGGAGAACCAGAACACGAAGAAAAGGAAGCUGGAGCCACCUUAACAGAGGCUCAGGUCACAUCACUGGACUCUGUCACAGAGCAGACUUGAGAAAACUUUUUGGUCAUGAAAUUGGUCAGCACUGCUAGGGGAUGAGCUUUAUUUCCAAGGACUUACCUUCAUUCUGAACUCUUCCAAAGGAUUUGACUCCUGGAGCCUCCUGCAGGUAAAGCUGAGCGGUUAGAAAACAAGCCCUUUAAAAAAGCUUGUCACAUACUGCAGUAGGCGGCUCUGGGGAGAUUAAAUCUCUUUUCGCUCUUGAUUACUUAUUCCUAAGCCAUUUUGUUAAUAAAUACAGAACUUUUAGGAAUCACCAGUGGCCGCCUGCUCUGAAGUGUAGGAGCCAUACUCGUCAGCACCACAGCACCACGUGCCUCCAGGAAAUGACUGAGUCAUCUCUGCCCCCCUCACCUUAGGGCGCCAUGUUUUAAUGCUGAGAACAAAGCCUGCAGUGCUUUUACGUUUCCAUUAAUUCAGGCUGUAAUCUUCAUCGAUGAUAAUCUCUUACAGGUUUACGGUGUCACUACCCUGCACUGUUUUCUAAUGGAGGAAACCAUGAUCUAAGGCCAAAGAAAAGGCAUUUCAAGAGUGCAAAAGAAAUUCUGCACUUUGUAACAAAAUAGAAGAUCUAAGUAGCUGUUUCUGUUUCCCCAUUUCAGAUGUGAGAUACCACCCACCUUAACAUAGUUUCUUCAUCAUGUCUAGAUGUUUCAUAAUUCUUUCCCCCAAAUAAUGAGCUUGCAAAUUGACUUUUUAAGGUGAAUUUUGGGCUGUGCGUUUUAUCUAAUCUGGAAGCAGUGGCUUUUAUUAUUUUAUUUUUUGGAUCCCAGACCUGUUUGUGGGGAGCUGGGAACCUGCGGCAAGGAGCGCAAAGGACAGGAAGGCGUCCACCAUUUCUGCCCCUGCGCAAGAGGCAGCAGCCUACCUUUACCUCCCUGACCUCACCUGCUGUUGUGCAGUUCAGUGGUAGUCAGCUUCUGAUUUUGACCCCUUAGCGUUCUCUUCAGAACAAACGGCACCUCCCUUGUCUGCAGCACAGUUUUAGAUUCAGUCAGUUACUGCUAAACUAAGUUCCUGCAGUUAGGAAUCGUCAGAAAUUGCACACAAAACAGAGCUAAUGAGAUCAUGAAAAAGGAAUUGUCUGGAAAUGAAACCCCACAACUCAAAAGCAAAGUUUGGUUUAUUUGAAUGGUUUCAUUAAAUAAGUCUACAAAGGUAACAAACUGAAGCACAAGGCGCAAUCUUACAAGAAGCGCAACACCCAGAGUUAGUGCAAAAUGUACAAUUAACGGCUGCGGAGAAACCCCCAAGGUUUGAAUUCAGUUUGUUUUUUUUUUAAACAGUGUACAUUGUUAAAUAAUGUAAGGAAAACACUUAAAAUUCAGAAAGAUUUUUUUUUUAAUGUGGAAAAAAGAGACUCAAAGUGUACUAUUAACACAAAUAAUUUAAACAGUUCAGUAGCACUAGUUCAUUCCUCUAGGCUUCAGUUAUUUCAUCCACAGGAGGGAGAAAAAUCAACAGUAAAUAAAACCAGCUCUUUUUGUGUGUGAGUGAAGAGAUCUCAAAAUUAUUAAACCAAAAUAAAAUAAUGUGCUGCAUUUGAUUCCCUCGUU